GGCUCCACUGCCCGAGAAUGGGAAUUCUCUUCACCAGGAUAUGGAGACUGUUCAACCACCAGGAGCACAAAGUUAUAAUUGUUGGGCUGGAUAAUGCAGGGAAAACUACCAUCCUUUACCAAUUUUCUAUGAAUGAAGUUGUACACACAUCCCCUACAAUAGGAAGUAAUGUAGAAGAGAUAGUGAUUAAUAAUACCCGUUUCCUAAUGUGGGAUAUUGGUGGCCAAGAAUCUCUUCGUUCUUCCUGGAACACUUACUAUACUAACACAGAGUUUGUAAUAGUUGUUGUGGACAGUACAGACAGAGAGAGGAUUUCUGUAACUAGAGAAGAACUCUAUAAAAUGUUAGCACAUGAGGACUUAAGGAAAGCCGGAUUGCUGAUUUUUGCUAAUAAACAAGAUGUUAAAGAAUGCAUGACUGUAGCAGAAAUCUCUCAGUUUUUGAAGCUAACUUCUAUCAAAGAUCACCAGUGGCAUAUCCAGGCCUGCUGUGCUCUUACUGGAGAGGGAUUAUGUCAAGGAUUUGAAUGGAUGAUGUGCCGAUUUAAGAUUAGAUGAUCUCUACUGACCUCGUGUUA